UUUAAAGUAAUUUAUUGUUAAAAUGACGUUAGCGCACCGCGCGCUCUUCACUUGGUUUAUUGUUUUGGUAUUUCUAAUACUGCUCUGCCUACGGCUAGACCCUCGCACAACCUGGAAUUGGUUUGUCACCUUCACUCCGCUUUGGUUCUUCGACUGCAUAUUGAUAAUAUAUGUGAUUAUAAAGUUUAUACGGAAGUGGCGAAAUCUAAACCGUCUGACUGAUCUGCUAUUUCACUAUAAAUGGAGCAUUGGUGGCGUGCUGCUUACAAUUACAUCCCAAGUAAUGAUCUGUAUGACGCUGGAAUAUCCACAGCAGAUUCCUAUUUAUGUUACGAUGGCACCUUUGGUGCUGCUCCUCAGCACAGCCAUUUUCUAUGUAGGAAACACACUAUAUCAACGCGAGGGUUUGAUAGGUUGGUUGCAUUAACAACAUUAUUUAUUAAAAUUAAUAUUAAGUUUAAUUGUAUAUGAAUUUAAAACUAUAGUAUAAACACCAAU